AUGAUGGAAGAAGCGCUCCGAGACAAGCCUCAAAGGUCCGAGGUUGAAGCCGUGGAAGGGCCUGUAUCGCAACCUCGCUAUGGACACUUGGAUCACUUGGAACAUAUCCCGCUGGACCUCGACGACCCGCACAGAGCGGCCAUCGAAGAUAACCCCGAAAAGGCUGAAACGCUAACCUGGACAACUCUGCUCGCAGUGGCGUCUUUGUCGUUCUCCUAUGUAUGUCCUAUCUCUUGCGGCUUCGUCCUUGUCACCGGGAUCCUCGUCCCCAUCGGUACCGACCUUGGCGAUACGGAAAACAUUUCAUGGAUUGUUGGCGGGUGGUCCAUUGCCUCCUCCGUCAGCUUUUCUAUGGCGGGAGCCAUCUCAGACAUUUUCGGCAGGAGAUGGACCAUAGUAUCAGGCGAGAUCCUUGCGAUCGUUGGAUCAAUUGUUGCGGCAACUGCCAAUAGCACCCUCACAGUGGCGGCGGGCUCUACUGUCAUAGGGUUCGGGUGUGGAAUCAUCUUCGUCUCGUAUGCGGGCAUCCAAGAACUGGUACCCAAUAAAUGGCGAGGCUUGCUCGGCCUCACGGAAUGUGCCAUGACCAUACCUUGGGCGGCAGCAGGGACGCUCAUCGCAACGUCUCUAAACUCGGACACGGCGGCUCGGUGGCGGUGGUGCUACUACAUUGGCAUCAUCUACGGUGUCUUAAGUAUGGUUGGCACACUUCUCUUCUAUUUUCCGCCUUCUCGGCCACAGUACGAUUGGGACAAGUCUCGCUGGCAGGAAAUGAAGGAGAUCGACUACAUUGGUUUCUUGCUCUAUACUGCUGGGCUAACCAUCUUCCUGAUCGGGCUGACGUGGGCGGGUACCGACGCACACCCUUGGAAUGCAGCUUCAACUGUUGCUCCUAUUGUGGUAGGCAUAUGCACUCUCCUGGCAUGCUUUGUCUAUGACUUCACCCUGGCCAAGCAGCCUUUCUUUCCACUCUCUCUGUUCCGACAGGUACGCGAGUUCACGGUGCUUUUGGUUGUCGUCUUCGUCGCGGGGGCGGUGUUCUAUUCUUUUGCUGGACUUCUUCCCCAAGGCUCGCUGUACAUGUUCACCAAAGAUCCCAUCCAAAUCGGCGUGAUUGCAUUGCCAAACGGCAUCGCUCAAGUGAUCUUUGGUGGUCUGGCUACGCUUGUCAUGGGCAAGGUCGGCCAUUUGAAGCUACAAGUCGUCGUCAUGUUGACGGUACAGACGGUCUUUGUGGCCGCAUACUCCGGCGUGGUGCCCAACAACCGUACGGGCUGGACGACUUUUCAAUUCUUUGGCAUGGGCCCAUUUGCCUUGAUCACUCUCCUAUGCUAUGUGAUAGCGGGACUGAAUGUUCCAUUGCGCCAUCUCGGACUAGCAUCUGGCUUGAUUGGGACUUUCCGCAGCGGAGGAGGCAGCGUGGGGAAUGCCGUCUUCAACACCGUCCUUCAUGGAGUCGUCAAAGAGCAAAUCCCUGAGAAGAUGGCACAUGUCGCGAGCGCGUAUGGAUUGUCCUCAGAGUCACUCGGCGCUGUGACCUCGGCCGCGGUGCAGAACGCACAGGGAGUACCGGGCGCCUUUGAGGGGAUCCCUGGGAUUACCCCAGCAAUCGAGCAGGCGGCGGCCACAGCCAUUAGAGAGGCCUACGCGGUCGCUUUCAAGCGGGUUUUCUGGGCUUCUAUACCUUUUGGAGUGCUUGCCAUCAUCUGCGCAUUAUUUAUCAAGGACCCUUCUCAAUACUUGACCAACCAUACCGCUGUCCGGAUGGAGAAAGAAGGCGUUCUGGGACAGUCCUCAGCGGGACACAGGCGGGGCCAUCCUUCGGACGAGGAGAUGGAUUUUGAAACGAAGGGACAUGUCUGA